GGAACCAGUAAGUUGUGUGUGUUGUGUGCGCCAAAUCCAUUGAUUAAAUAAGGCCAAGAUAAAAUGUACCGCCUUGUUCGCCACGCGAUUUUUCGAAUAGAGGAGAUAAACUACGAAUAAAUCUGUGGAACAGCAAGUGAUGGGAAGAUGGUGAGGAAGCAUAUUUGCCAUUGGUAUGGGUUCUCAAACGCUGGAAAUUUUGAGACAAGGCGUCUGGGCGAGCCUGACAGGAGGCUGGUUUUACGAUCCCCAUCUCGACGUUUUUUCAAACACCUUUCAUCUUUAUGUUUGGCUUUUCUUGCUUUGCCUGCCGUUCACCAUAUAUCUUUAUUUUCCACCGUCAUUGUAUGUUUGGGUGGCAUAUUGUUCUUCGAUCGGAGCACUUUUUGGUACGAUAAAGUGCGUGAAUCAUGCGCUUCAUUGUGUGUAUGAUACAACCGAAUGCUUAGAAGAAUCAGGUCAGACUAUUAGUCAACCUAGAUCAGAAAGUGAAAAAAGACACACAGCACACAACAAAUGCAGGGAACAAUCUCAAGAUCAAGUAGAUCAUGGAAUAGAGCUACAAGUUUUAAAUGGAAAAACAGAUACACCACCUGUAGAAUGUUCAUCACGUAAUUCUUUUAUUGAAUCUAAUGCACAGAAUGCAGAUGCAGAUAGUAUAACAUCAGAAUACAAUCGAGAUAAGCCAAGCUCGACUGUAGAUUUGAAAGUAGAAAUCCACCGAAAAAAUAGUUCAGAAAGUUCAGAGGAAGCACAACAAAUGACUAAACCAAUGGUACCCAGUAUAAAUGUACGUGAAGCUGAAUUAGCGUCCACGUCAGAACCACGUUAUCGUAAUAUUAUGAAUGAAAGAAGAUUAAAGCGGCAGAGGUAUUUGGUAAUUGCUGAAGAAAAGAGGCCAGUAUCCAGGAAGUUGUGUAGACACGCGUCCGAAGACUCACGAAAUCGUCAUUCGAAACAGGGUAGUCUUGGAAAAACGGGUUCUGAAAGUCAAAUCAAACAGACAAGUUCAUUGGAGUUGGAACAUCAUGGAGAUGAUUAUCCUUAUUGGAAGUGCAAUCGAAGUGUACAACGUCUUAAUUCUAGUUCAAUUCCAAUGGAAACUCAUUUAAUGAAUGAUCACCCGCAAAGUUUAGAAAUUAUAUCGAAAAAGGAAGAUACGGACAAAAAUAAAAUUUCGUCGCAUCCGCAAUCGUUGGAGGUCAUUGCAAAAAAGCCGCAUCAACAACUUGUUCAUCCACAAAGUCUUGAAACGAUUGGUGCUACUAGUAAAAAUAUAAAUACUACAGAUGACAAUAAUUUACCGCUUCAUCCUCAAAGUCUUGAAACAAUUAAUGCUAAAAAGGGGUUACCUCAAAAUACGUUAAAAAAAAAUCAACUACAACUAUUACCGUAUCUUAGUUAUGGAUCAGAGAUAGUACAUCCUAUAGCAGAACAAAGCGAUGAACAAUUUGCUAAUGAAAGUUCUGGAGGAUAUAGCCUUCGGGACUCUUAUAGUCCAUUACUUACACGAAAAACUUGCGAAGCUAAUGCUACUUCUAAUCGGGACAGAAGUCUUAGUACUAGCCGAUUUGAAGAUAGAUUUUCAAGAUUUUAUGGAGACGGUGGUAUAGAUAAUGAUUCUGCAAAUUCCCGAGACGCGUUGAUCGAAGAACCAAAGCCUAGUAUGCAAAGGAGAUACAGUAAUGCAAGCCAAAGCAGCCAUGAAUUCUCGGACGGUGAGAAACCCAAAGAUAAGCAAGAUAAGUUGAAAAUUAUGGAUGACCCAUUGAAUGUUGGAAGUGUAGUUGGAAUAGACCGAUUGUUUGAAGGUGGUGAUUGCGCAGUGGAAUUACGGACAAAUAAAAACCUACAUAAUAAAGAACCAGAUUCUGGUUCGUCCAGUACAACGACAUUAAGUAUGGAUAACGAGGUGAAAAGAAAGUUACUACCACAACUAGAAACAGAUAACAAACGACAUCAAGGUGCGAUACCGAAGCAAAGCCGUCCAAAACCAGCAGUAGAAGCUAUAGAUGAUACUAUUACAACCACCGAACAAAUCCGGGCAAAGCGUAGACGACCGUUAGUUAUAAUGUUGUCCUCCGGUCGAGAUAUGCCAGAUAUAAGAUUAAGUCGGAGUUCAGAGAAUCGAAGUACGCGACCAAGACGGGACGCUUUGAAACCUUUGUAUAGACAGAACGCGAUACGAGAAAGAGUUCGAGACGAUAACGUUGUACCGCUCACUGAUCUAUUUGGGUUAAUAUCGAACGAUGAAUGUCACUUAGAUGCUCAUCACAACGACACAGAAGUACCUUUUGAAGUAGUACCUUGUUUUCGAGAUGAAAUUGGACGUUGGUUGACGUAUGACGUCGAUGAGAAGGGAUCUAGUGUUGCUACUGCUGCUGCUGCUGCUACUACUACUACACAAGUUCCUUCUAAUAAUAACGAUAAAUUGUUGAACACAUUAUUACGCCAACAGCUGAAUCAAAAUUUACAUUAUGACGCGAACUGGGAGCUGACAGAUUCUCUGAGUAACAGUUACAGUAGUCUGUCUUUGAACUCUGCCGGCUUGAGCGCCAUAAUAGACACACCACCUGUUCUGUCCAGCCCAGAAAGCAACCAAACCAAGGCACAAAAUUCAGUAUCGUCGAAUGUUGUUUUGUCGAAUCAGUGUACAACAGAAACCUUAGAACGAGAUCAUCAGGACAUGAUAACACGUAUAGAGUCCAUGGCGGCUGGAAACCGAGGCUUACGAAAUUUAUUAUUAGAUUACUUCAAUUUAAAUCCGUCAGAUUCGAAUCGGCGAAUGCCUGUUCUAACGUUACCGACGCAUCAAGAAGCUGAUAUGAAUGCAAGCUUGUCAUGGAACCGAUUAGGCGGGUUCGAUGGAUUCGAGCCGAAACCGAAACAAACAAGACAUUAUUAUAAAUGGAAGAUCGGCAAACUACCGCAUAUAAAAGUUCGAUUCGAUCGCCUGUUUUUAAUGGCUCUACUGGACCGGAAUUUGACAAUUUUCGAGACGAUUGUCUCAACGUUCUUAGCAGUUGCUGUUGCAGGAUUGGGUCUCUUUCUGCUUCAGCAAGGCUUCUAUCGAGAUAUAUUCGCUUUCAUGUUCUGUUUCGUAACCGCCGGAUGUCAGUAUUCAUUGUUAAAAUCUGUUCAGCCGGAUGCUGCUUCGCCGACCCAUGGUUUUAAUCGUAUCAUAGUAUUUUCGCGGCCUAUAUAUUAUAUACUGUGCUCGGGAUUUAUACUAAUCAUUAAUGAAUUCCUAAGAAACUUCAAAACAUCGGAAUUUCGAAUAUACGGCCUUCGAGUCACCGAUUACGAUGUUAUAUUGCAAAUUCGUAGCAUUUUAUUAAUUUUUCUCCUCUGUUUCCCGAUCGUGUUCUCGUUAGGUUUAUUUCCGCAAAUUAAUACAUUCUUAAUGUAUCUCUGCGAGCAUAUUGAUAUUCAUUUAUUUGGUGGAAACGCAACGACCAGUCUAGUCUCUUCGAUAUAUUGCCUUUGUCGCAGUAUCGUCACCGUUGUUAUACUGUACGGAUUCGCUUACGGAGCACUGACAGAGCCCAAAUCCUCGCAACACAUUUUAUUCUCGAUCUUCGCCGGUUUACUAGUCGCCAUAUCUUAUCACUUGAGCCGAUCAUCAUCGGAUCCUACGGUAAUCUGGGACAUCCUCAAAACAAACUUAUGGCCGCCGGAGAUUUAUACAGAAGAAAAGGAAGCGAAAAUCAUCGAGAACACAUCACGCAGGGACAAUCUGUCCGCAACGUACGAGGAAGCAAAAGUUCGAACAUCGGGACGAAAGAAACACGUGAAAAUCAAAGUUGGCGAACAAAUGUCGGACACGGAAUUGGUGGAUCCUUUGCCUGAAAAGUUACGAGCAACGGUGAACGCAAGAUUAAAGAACGAUUUGAUAGUAUGCGCUGUGAUAGGUACAUUAUCGUUUGGUAUCCAUUGUUCCACCGUGUUUACAGCUCUACAACCAGAAUUAAAUCCCGUUUUAUGGGGUAUUGUAAGCUGUCUGGGAUUCCUGUUGCAUUACAUAGUGCCGCAGCUUCGGAAACAAUUGCCAUGGUUAUGCUUGUCAAGACCAGUACUUCGUAGUCACGAACAUGCACAAUUUGAAGUUCGUGAACCAGUGAAGAUUAUGUGGUUCGAGAAAGCGUACGUUUACCUAUCUUUCUUAGAACGAAAUAUUCUGUAUCCGAUAGUGUUCCUAGGAGCCCUCACGGAAUGUUCGUCGAAGAUUGUGAUGAAAUUUGGGGAAAGCAUAGGCGCGUUAAUUAUAGUUGUUUGUGGACUGAAAUCCUUGAGAUCCGCAUACUCGGAUCCAUCCACGCGUUACCUGGUUCUGAUCUUUGCGGUACUGUUCUUCAAACUGGACAUCCGAGAAUUCAGCGAAACUUUUCUUGUCGAUUAUUUCAUUACCGGAAUAGCAUUCGCAAAGAUUUACGAAUUAUUGUUGAAGAUCAGAUUUGUCGUUACUUAUAUCGCACCUUGGCAAAUCACAUGGGGCAGUGCGUUCCACGCGUUCGCCCAACCGUUCUCGGUCCCGCAUUCCGCCAUGUUGUUCUUGCAAGCGGGCAUUUCCGCGAUUCUGAGCACCCCGUUGAAUCCACUUUUGGGAAGCGCGAUUUUUAUAUCGUCGUACGUGCGCCCAGUGAAAUUCUGGGAACGGGAUUACAAGACAAGAAGAGUGGACCAUUCGAACACACGUAUGUCGUCGCAUUUAGAUCGAAAUCUAGGUGCUGAUGACAAUAAUGUGAAUUCGAUUUUUUACGAACAAUUAACAAGAUCGUUGCAGCACAGUCUUUACGGAGAUCUUGCUCUAGGCCGUUGGGGAAACGUGGAACAGGGCGAUUGUUUUUUAUUGGCAUCCGAUUACUUAAACUGUCUGGUGCACAUUGUUCAAUUAGGCAAUGGACUGGUUACGUUUCAAUUGAGAGGACUUGAAUUUCGAGGAACGUAUUGUCAGCAGAGAGAAGUGGAAGCAAUAUCCGAAGGAAUCGAGGACAACGAUGAUUGUUGUUGUUGCGAAAUGGGACAUUUCUCAAAUGUACUGAGCGUGAACGCAGCAUUUAGCCAGCGUUGGCUCGCCUGGGAAGUUGCAAGCGCUAAAUACGUUCUAGAGGGAUAUUCGAUAUCGGAUAAUUCAGUGGUUUCUACAUUUCAAAUGUUCGAGUACCGUAAAACGUUGGUUACCUAUUACGUGAAAAGUAUUAUUUUCUACGCUGUCAAGUCACCGAAAUUGAAAUACUGGUUGGGGAACUCCGAUAUUGCCGAUGCCCUUAAAAUUACCCUUGACAAGAACUUCGUCGAUCUGGAUCCUGUUUUCAAGAUGAACAUCGACGAGGAUUACGACUUUCGCGCCACUGGUAUUACAAGAAGUAGCUUUUGUAACGUUUACUUGGAUUGGAUACAAUUUUGCGUCACCAAACACGACAAGACACUAGAUAAAACGAGAUAUUCACCAUUGGUAUCUUUGUGUUUCGCGUUGAGUCUGUUGGGGAGACGUGCUUUAGGAGCAGCGUGUCACAAUACCGUGACCAGUGUUGAAUUUUUUAUGUACGGAUUGCAUGCACUUUUUAAAGGAGACUUCCGCAUAACAUCAGUUCGAGAUGAAUGGGUGUUACACGAUGUUGAUUUGUUACGCAGCGUUGUAGCGAAAGGAGUAAGAAUGGCGUUGAAGCUACAUCAAGAUCAUUUCAUGAGCCCGGAGUUAUACGUUGAACCGGUUGCUCUUUAUGAAGCUAUAGAUAGUCAUGAUAAGAAUCUUGUAAUCAGCCAUGAAGCUGAUCCAUUAUGGAGAAACGCUGUUCUAAACGGUGCAACCAGUCUCCUGGCACUUAGACAUGUACUCGAUGACGGCAUCGACGACUACAAAGUGAUCAUGCUUAACAAACGAUUCUUGAGUUUUCGAGUUAUUAAAAUGAAUCGUGAAUGCGUGCGCGGCCUCUGGGCCGGACAACAACAGGAAUUAGUAUAUUUAAGAAAUAGAAAUCCAGAACGUGGCUCUAUACAAAAUGCGAAACAAGCUCUCAGAAAUAUAAUCAAUAGCUCUUGCGAUCAACCGAUCGGAUAUCCGAUUUAUGUUUCACCGUUAACAACGAGCUACGCAGAGACUAAUGAACAAUUAUGCUCUAUAGUUGGUGGAUCUUUAAGUCUCAGUGUUAUCAGGCGUAAUAUAUUAAAAUUGUGGCAAAGAAUCAAAAGAAGGUGUGGCCAAGGUUGUUCGUCCGGUGGAACAGGAUCCCAAGAUGACGGAGGUUUUGGAAACGACGGAGUAUACGCAAUGACUACUUACAAUAUUCAUUCUGGUUAUGGUCAGUCGAGUUACAACACAUCUGGCUCGCAAUCUAUAGAUUCUGGAUGUCAAAUUGGUGGAUCAACUGGACGCGGUUCUCUGGGAAGAGCGAAUACAGGAUCUCUCGGUGGAAACAGAGGAUCGUUGGCGUCAGUUGGGAAGCCUACAAGCUCGACACUCGCCAGUUUAGCCGGUCUUCUUAGUAACAGUGAUAUUAAAACUGAGAUUAAGAGUGAAACAAGUUUCUCUGGAAAAGUUGAGAAAGAGGAGGUUCUCCAAAGAGUUCGUAUCAUAGAUCCUAAUCAAGUAUACGAUGCGAUUAAUUUGGGUCGCCGGAUAGAUGUAAUCUGGCCUGAUGAAAGAAUGAGACAACAGGGCGGUAGGUCCGGAUGGAAGCAUUGGGUACCUGAAAGAGGUAUGGAAGGAUGUGUUGUUCAUUGUUGGUCUCCUAAUCAUCGUGAUCCUAAUCGACGAUCUCAUGUGGAUAAAGUCAUUUUACUUGUCAAAAUUGACGAUAAAUACGUUCCAAUAGCGGAACAGGGUGUACGAGACUUAGGAGCAGAAGUGUGAUGAAGUAUUUUUGAAUAUUCUGUAGUAAUAUACACUCUGCCGAUUUUCGUACAGUCAUUUUUUCAAUACACGC